AGCAGAAGGAGCCAGGCAAGGAUGCGGAGCGGAGAGAGGCGCAGGAUGCUGCCAAGGACCAGGGCAAGGCUAAGAAAGAGGAGCCCGAGGAGGAGGCUGACAUGAAAGCGGUUGCCACCUCGCCGGAUGGCAGGUUCCUAAAGUUUGAUAUUGAACUCGGGCGGGGAUCCUUCAAAACGGUCUACAAGGGUCUGGACACGGAGACGUGGGUGGAAGUCGCGUGGUGUGAACUGCAGGACAGAAAACUCACAAAAGUAGAGAGGCAGAGAUUUAAAGAGGAAGCAGAAAUGUUGAAGGGUCUGCAGCAUCCAAACAUUGUGAGGUUUUAUGACUUCUGGGAAUCCUGUGCAAAAGGCAAAAGAUGCAUCGUGCUGGUUACCGAGCUGAUGACCUCUGGAACGCUGAAGACGUAUCUGAAGAGAUUUAAAGUGAUGAAACCUAAAGUCCUGCGGAGUUGGUGUCGGCAGAUCCUGAAGGGUCUUCUUUUCUUACACACAAGAACUCCACCAAUAAUUCACAGAGACUUGAAAUGUGAUAAUAUUUUUAUUACUGGACCAACUGGAUCUGUGAAAAUAGGAGACUUGGGUCUGGCAACACUCAAGAGAGCUUCGUUUGCCAAAAGUGUCAUAGGCACACCAGAAUUCAUGGCCCCGGAGAUGUAUGAGGAACACUACGAUGAAUCUGUGGAUGUCUACGCGUUUGGAAUGUGCAUGCUGGAAAUGGCUACCUCAGAAUACCCUUACUCAGAAUGCCAGAAUGCUGCUCAAAUCUACCGAAAAGUAACCUGUGGUAUAAAGCCAGCAAGCUUUGAGAAAGUUACUGAUCCUGAAAUUAAGGAGAUAAUUGGGGAGUGCAUCUGCAAAAACAAAGAAGAAAGAUAUGAAAUUAAAGAUUUAUUAAGCCAUGCCUUUUUUGCUGAAGAUACUGGGGUAAGAGUGGAACUUGCAGAAGAAGACCAUGGUAGGAAAUCCUCUAUUGCCUUAAGACUCUGGGUAGAAGAUCCUAAGAAGCUGAAAGGAAAACCCAAAGACAAUGGAGCCAUUGAGUUUACUUUUGAUCUGGAGAAGGAAACUCCUGAUGAUGUUGCACAAGAAAUGAUUGACUCGGGCUUUUUCCACGAGAGCGAUCUCAAGAUCGUGGCCAAGUCCAUCCGUGACCGAGUGGCGCUGAUCCUCUGGAGGAGGGAGCGCAUCUGGCCCAGGAUGCAGUCGGAGGAGCGCCGCGACUCGGAGUGCCCAGACAAGCCGAAGGCGCCGCAGGCACAGCAGGUCCAGGUCACCUACCUGUCCCACACGGGCCACCACAUCCUGUCAGAGCCCGAGGAGCCCGAGGCGGACCAGCACCCCUUCCAGCAGAACCUGCCCACCAGCGUCACCUCCGUCGCCUCUGACAGCACGUUUGACAGCGGCCAGGGCUCCACGGUUUAUUCGGACUCGCAGAGCAGCCAGCAGAGCGUCAUCUACUCCUCGCUGCCGGAUGCUGUCCCUCCUGCCAUCCAGAGGGUGUACAGCCCCCCCCUGAGUGAGGGCCAGCCUGUGCCCCACAGCCUCCCCCAGCUCAGCCACUACCAGCAGCCCUCAGCACCCAUCCUGCCCGCGGUGCCGGCCGCGCCCGCCGUGGUGCCGCAGCACUACCAGGAGCCGGCCAUGCCGUUCCCCGUGGUCCCCAGCACCGUGGCCUCGCUCCCGCUGGGACAGCCGCCCCCGUCCGUGCUGGCCGGCCAGCAGCAGCAGCAGCCCAUGUCGCAGGCAGCCUCCCUGCAGCAGGUGCUCAGCAGCCAGCCCAUGUGCCCGCUGCCGCCAGCCCCGCACCUGCUGCCGCCCUUCCCGGCCCAGGGCUCGCAGGUGCCCGCCAGCAGCGCCCCCCUGAAGCCCCUGCAGAUCUCCACCGUGCCGCAGCUGCCACCCGUGGCCCCUUCCCAGAUUCCUCAGUUUCCUGUCAUUCCUGCAAUUACUCCUCUGGCAGGGCUUGACAGCCUUCCUCCAAACCUGUCUGACAUCCCCGCUGCGAACGUGCCCCCCAUUCCCGCUCCUUCCCAGUACUUCGCUCCGGCCGUCAUCCUGCCCAGCCUGCCCAUGAACCCCACGCUGCCCAUGGCGCCCAACUCCCCCGCCCUGCCCAUGCAGGCCGUCAACCUUCCUCACACCACCGUGGCUUCUCUGGUCCUGCCCUGCCAGCCCAUCGUGCCAAACAUGCCUGCGGCGGCCACCAUCCCUCUGCUGGCGGUGGCGCCGCCGGGGGUGCCGCCGCUGCCGCCUCACGCCGCGGUGCCGCCGCUGCCGCAGCAGCCCGUGUUCCAGCCCGCCUUCCAGCCCCUGCUGCCCGGCGACGCGCCCUCGCCCCACCACGGCCAGAGCUCCCAGCCCGUGUCCCAGCCGCAGCCGCCUCCUCCGGCCCUGCAGCCCGGCGUCAUCCACACUCCCGAGCCGGCUCUGGCUGCUCCCACCGCGGCUCACCAGCCCGUGCCUGGACACGCUCAGUUUGCUCUGGAGGCUGGAGCCCAGGUGCCCGUGCUGCCAGUGCAACCCUCCAUGGUCAUGUCACCGCCGUUGCAGCUGCAGCCGGAGCUGGUGCCGCCCUGCGUCGCUCCCGAAGGCGUUCCCCAGGUCCAUGGCAGCCUUGCCACGGCUGCCCCGCCUGUCCCCAUAGAGCCUGGCCUGCCUCUCCAGCCCUCUGCUCUGCUGCAGCUUCAGCCUGAUCUUUCCCAGCCACUGGGCCAGCAGCUGCCAGCUCCCUGCUCGGCUGUCGCGGCAGGCGCAGAGACAUCUCAAGAGGAGCAGGCAAUACAGGAUAAACUCCAAGCUCUGUCCCAGAGUUGCGAAAGCUACCUGAGUCCAGAUGUUGCUCCUGGUAAAGAGAUGAGUGACAGCUUGGAAGGAGCAGCAGGAAGUGGAAAGCAAGAGGGAAAGUCUUCAAAGAAGCAUAAGAAAUCCACGCGUGCUCGUUCCCGCCAGGAGAAGUCCAACAGACCCAAGCUGACCAUAUUAAAUGUGUGCAACACAGGGGAUAAGAUGGUGGAGUGCCAGCUUGAAACCCAUAACCACAAAAUGGUGACGUUCAAGUUUGACUUGGAUGGUGAUGCGCCAGAGGAAAUUGCUACUUACAUGGUGGAGAAUGAAUUCAUCUUGCAAAGUGAGAAAGAGACUUUCAUUGAGCAAAUGAAGGAUAUCAUUGAUAAAGCAGAAGAUAUGCUCAGUGAGGAUACAGAAGGAGAGCGAAGUUCUGACCAGGGAACAAGUCCCCAACAAGAUGCUGAUAGACUUGAAAUGAGUGAUGAGAAGCGUCAGUCUCAAAUGAAGACACCCGUGUAUCAGCAAAACGUUUUGCAUACUGGAAAAAGGUGGUUUAUUAUAUGUCCAGUGGUGGAAAACCCUACUACGGAUGCCCCCGAGUUUUCUCCCCCGGUGCCUCCCAGUGGCCAGCAGACAGAAGGGCCAGACCCAGAGCAGUCGGAUGACCAGCCGAUGGGCUCUGCAGUGCCAGAGGCGCCCGGGGUUGGGGCUGGCCCGCAGCUUCCCCUGCACUCAGGGGUCAGUGACGCCCUGUCCUUGGCACCAGCUCCCGCUGCAGCAGCUCCUGCCAGCGUAGCGAGCCAGCCGGAGUUCCCAGCCCCAGCGGUGUCCGCCCCGAGCAUCGCGGAGUCCGCGGUGGCCGGCGGGGGUCACCCGGAGCACCCCCAGCCCGGCCUCCCCGCCCCCCGAGCCGUGGGGCCGGACGAGCCCCCCGAAGCCGCGGCCCCCCAGCUGCAGCCGCAGGCGGAUGAGCCGGCGUGUGUGCCUGACGUGGAGGUCUCCUGCUGCAGCGUGGGGGCUCACACGGCCGUGCCGGCGGUUCCGGGGCCGCUGCCCGACGCUGUGGUGCCGGAGCACGCCGCGGUGCCGGAGGGUGGCCAGCCCGGCGCGGGGCCCUUCGGCAGCCAGCCCUUCCCCGCUGGCCCCGACGGGCUGGGCUUGGCGGGGUCCCAGCUCCAGAGCCCCACGCAGGUGCCGCUGGCUGCGGCCCAGCAGCUGCCCGGGGCACAGGGUGGCCCGGGGCUGGCGGGGGUCAGCCUGCUCCAGCAGCAGAACCCCCCCGGCACCGCCGAGUCUGACGGCGAGGGACCGCCCCGGGUGGACUUCGUGGACAACACAAUUAAAAGCCUCGAUGAGAAGCUGCGCAAUUUGCUGUACCAGGAAUACGUUCCGACUUCUUCGGCAUCAGCGGGGACGCCGGACACAUCUGUGCCACCCGAACAGGGCGACAGUGAAUUUACCUUACCGCCUUUCCCUGAAGAUCAAGGUCCUGCCCCGGCGUCGGAUGGGAGAGACGCGGGCUGCAGCAUCCCCGACAGCAGCCAGGAGGUGAAAGCUGCUGCCGAGCCACCGGUGCCCCUCGUGCCCUCGGAGGCCUUGCCCUGCCCACCGCUGUUGGACAAGCCAGAAGUCACUGGUGUGAGUGCUCAUCCCUCAGAGGCAAGAGGUCCAGCUGCCAGCAUCACUCCAGCUCCUGCUGCUCAAGCAAAAGGCCUUCUUCAGGUUGCACCUCCAUCAUCAGGCACAGCUCCACAGAUGGAGACUUUCCAGAGGGGCGAGGAGGCAGAGAGGACGGCUUCACCCGCGCGCACGGCGAGCGUAAUGCGGCGAGCAGCAGCAGAUGGGGCGAUGAGUAACUUCCACAGGGACGGCUCUCCAGGCUCUGGUUCCUGUGGAAAACAGGCUGAGGCUCAGGAGAGCGGCACACCAGCCAAAACCAUUGGCAGGUUUUCAGUCAUCAGCACGCAGGACGAGUUAACUUUAGCGGCACCGCACUGCUUGAGGUUCUCGGCGCCCCCGGACGUGUACCUGGACGAGCUGCCCUCCAGCCCGGACGUGAAGGCCGCCGUGCGCAGGGUCCAGACGGCCUCGUCCGUGGAUGUCCUGUGCGACCAGGCCUCCAGCGACUCUGCCGACGAGCCCUUCCCGCGGCAGCCGGCGGCUGCUGCAGCUGCACAGCUCUCCCCCCCCAGCAGCACAGCCGCGGACUUGAUUAAAAAAGCAGCUGCUUUUCUGCAGAGGUCCGGCAAAGGUGGCUCCCCCGGCCCAGAGUCACCCAACGGGCAAGGUGCGAAGAUUCCUACCAUCAACAUCACGUCCAUCCACUCGCAGUCGUCCUACAUGAGCAGUGACAACGACUCAGAGUUCGAAGAUGCUGACAUGAAGAAAGAAUUGCAGAACCUGAGAGAAAAGCAUAUGAAAGAGAUUGCUGAGCUGCAGACACAGCAGAAGAAUGAGAUAGAGGCACUGUAUAUUCGGCUGGGGAAACCCCUUCCUCCCAACCUGGGCUUCCUUCACUCCGCCCCGCCGAGCGGCCGGCGCCGAAGAACCAGCAAAAACAAAUUGAAAGCUGGAAAACUCUUAAACCCUCUGGUCCAGCAGCUCAGGAGUGGAACAUCAAGCACAAGUAACCUUUCAGACUCUAAAGACUCACCCCACAAAGAAAGCAGUAAAUCGCAGCCAGGCUCCCCUGAAGCAGCCGCGGUGCCUCCCAGCUCAGCCUUUGGCAAGGCUGUGCAGACCCAGCAGCCCUGCUCUGUCAAAGCCUCUCUGUCCUCUGACAUCUGCUCCGGCCUGGGCCCCGACGCUGCCGAUGCCAACGCAAGCUCUGGCCAAGGCUGGACGGUUUUCCACCAAACGUCUGAGAGAGUGACCUAUAAAUCUAGUAGCAAACCUCGUACCAGAUUCCUCAGUGGACCUGUGUCUUUGUCCAUCUGGUCCACCUUGAAACGACUAUGUCUAGGCAAAGAUCACAGUAGUAGAUCCUCGACCAACAGCCUGGUGACAUGUCCUGAGCCCCUGCCGCAGUCGACGCUGCAGGUUCAGGCCAACAACAGUAACAACAAGAAAGGGACGUUCACAGACGACCUGCACAAGUUGGUGGACCAGUGGACGAGCAAAACUGUUGGAGCUGCACAGGCAAAACCUUCUUUAAACCAACUGAAGCAGAACCAAAAAAGGCAAGACAUGGAGCCAAAGGCUAACCCCAUGCAAACGCAGAAUGAGACAUGUGGAAUUCUGAAAAUGAGACCGUCAGCGACUGACACGUGGCCCCCACAGCUACGGUGCCAAGCGCGAGGCCCCGCCACAGCCAAGGAGGAGGAAGAGGAAGAUGGGAAAUGAUUUAUCAUACGUGAGGAAUUCUGUGCUGUUCUGGUCCAUUCAACACUAUUUUGUAACUUCUUUCUAAUCAUUUUUUUAUUUAUAGUUGGAAAUACAAAAAUGUUAUGCAAUAAAAAAUAAAGGAGAAUUAUUUUGGGGGAAAAGGAUUUUGUUCCAAAUUGUUCCCUUCUGUUGUGAGCCAGGUUUCCUUGAGCAGCAGAUGGAGAAGAGGGAGGAGGAGGAAGAGGAGGAGGCACUCCUUCAAAUGCUUUUUGUUUCACACAGUUAAUUGUCAUUUAAGCAAUUUUCCAAGUGAUAAACUAGGCAUACAUACAAGAAAGAUAAGUUCCAGUUCCAUUUAAAUUUCUCACAGUUCUUUUUUAAAGAUGAGAUUCUAUUUUAAAUCCACUUAAAUCAAGUAAAAAACCUCCGGAUCCUGCACCGGAGAAUGAUUCUGCUUGUCACUUCCCUUUUUACCUCUCUCUUUUUUCUCAUAGACCGGCCACAUUUUCAUGCCAGACUUAAAUACAGUCUCGAGUCACUGCUGAUUUUAAAUGUAAGACUGAAAUCCUUCCACAGAUGAGUGGGUAAUUGGAGCCAUUUUUAAGACUCUAAAGUGCCUUCAAUGAUCUAAACCGAUGCAGUGGGGGUUUCUUUCUCUGGGCUCACUGGAGCUGGGUUUCAGCUGUCUCCUGGACUGAGGUGAUGGACAGAGCAGUUCAUAGCAAUAAUCUCACGAGCAAUCAUUCAUUUAUCCAAGGACUACUCACCUGGUUUUCAGACAGCUGGGUUAGCACUGUCCUGAGAAGUGGGAAAAUGCUGCUCCUGCUGUUACAUCUGGGCCCCAAAGGCUGUGUCCCCACGGGCCCCCCCUGCCCCUCUGCACUCCCAGCCCAGGCUGUGUCCACGGCGUUUUUGAUCCCAGAGCCGCAGGAACCUCCCCAGCCCGGCAGCCUCUCGGUACCACCCUCCCUCGCAGCUGGAGCCUGGCCUUCUUUU